AUGCAACACCCCCAAGCAGGAGACGGAGAACCCAUUGAGGGACCACGGUGUGUUCAUGGCCCGGAAGCGUGGCUAGAGGGAUUGAGACAGAAAGGAUGGACACUUGCUACCAUACUCAUCAUCCUGCUUGCCGCUCACAGAUGCGACACAACAGCAUCCCUACUAGGUCAAGGUGACAACCAGGUGAUCGUGCUUAGAAUUCCUUCUCAACGAUAUGUUCAAGAGCGAAAGUUAACACCAGACGAGUAUACUAAACAGUUUCUCAGAGUGCUUGAGGACAUCUGCACGGCGUCCGGGAUAGUGAUCAAGGUACCUGAAUCAUGGAGGUUCAGGAGGUUAUUGGAGUACGGCCGACGCUACUAUUUGGAUGGUGUUCAAGUAAGUGGGGCAUUGAAAAAGGCGUCAAGAUUGACAAGCGAGGCCAACCAAACAAUACAUACCACGAAUGCCGAGCACUCAUCGCUGGUUUAUUCUCCAGUGGCACCUCAGUUGAGGGAGAUGACGAAACACCACUUCCUGCUUAUAUGA